UUUAACAUAUAUAUGAUGUGGCACCUACUUGACGUUAAGAGAUAAGGAAACAAAGGUUAACAUUCAUUUGCAAUAUGGCGAGCAGUAAAGGUUUAACGGACAUAGUGGGAUACGAGUUUUACCAGAUCACAUUUACUUCUGCAAUAUGUUUUUCCGUUUACGUUUUCUUCGGCUAUUUCCUGGUUCUCGCCGGAGCAUGCGCAAUGUGUUACCUGCUCCAUUUGGCGUACGCGUACCAGACGUCUAGUCCGGUCGAUCCGAAGGGAAGAGGUGUUUUCAUUACUGGAUGCGAUUCAGGUAUUGGGUUCGCUUUUGCUCAACAUCUGGACGAGCUGGGUUUCACAGUGUUUGCCAGUUGCCUUGACGACAAGAGUCAUGGGGCACGGAAACUUCGGACCACGUGCUCAAAGAAACUUCACGUGCUACAUUGUGAUGUUACAAAAGACGAUUCCAUCAACAAUGCGGCUGAGUAUGUAAAGAAAGCUAUGCCAAAGAAAGGUUUGUGGGCGGUGAUAAACAACGCCGGGAUAAACAUGAUCAGCGAGAUAGAGCUCACCACGCCGUCCAUGUACAACAGAGGCUUGGACGUCAACCUGUACGGACCAAUCCGGGUCAUCAAGGCGUUUCUUCCGUUCAUCCGUAAAUCACAAGGUCGCGUGGUGAAUGUCACGAGCGUGCACGGGCUAAUGUCUAUCCCCAGAUGGAAUAACUAUGAGGUGGCAAAACACGGCAUGGAGACGCUGUCGGAUUCUCUCCGCCUCGAGAUGGCCAAGUUUGGUGUCCGUGUGUCCAUUGUGGAGCCGGGAGCAUUUGCUCACGCCACGGCUAUACACACUGAUGCCAUGGUUGCGCGAUUGAAGAAAGACAUUGGAGAACUCUGGGAAAACACUCCACCGGAAGUUAGAAAGUCGUACGAUCUAGAGUCAGUGCUCGGUUGGGUACCGGAAGCGUGUCAUAGUGGUUGGUUCACCGACACUGAGGCUUUGUCAGAACUGUCGGCGGCCGCGCAGCACGCGAUCUGUGCUCGUUACCCUCGUGCGAGAUACACGGUGGCGGGAGAUCGAAAUACACUUCGCCUUUACGACGCUUAUACGAUGAUGGCUCGGGUCCACAAAUACCUUCCCACGUGGAUCAUGGACAGGAUUGUUGCGUAUUUUAGGAAAGGACAAAUGUAAAAAAAAAUGAUUAAAACACGAAGGCCGUAA